CGGCAUCCAGUCUCUCUAUGGUGAAAACACUUUGAACCCUGGUCCUGGACCCACAUCUCCCACCACGCCUGAUGCCUGUGAUUCAAACAUGGUCUUGGAUGCAGUUGCCAGCCUCAGAGGAGAGAUAUUCUUCUUCAAGGACAGCUUCUUCUGGCGUAGCUACCCCCAGAGCAAUACACCUCAACAAAGUUUCAUCACAAACUUCUGGCCUAAAGCCCCGGUCAAUAUCGAUGCUGCUUAUGAGAGCCGAGAGUCAGACAGGAUCUUACUCUUUAAGGGUCGUCAAGUGUGGGCUUUCAGUGGCUACGAUCUGGUGUCUGGCUAUCCUAAGUCAAUUUCCAGUUUUGGUCUGCCUGAAACCGUAGAGAAAGUCGAUGCUGCUCUCUAUGACGUGGACAGUGGCAAGACUCUGUUCUUUGUAGGCAGCAAUUACUACAGGUGUGUUUAAAUCACGUGAAC